AUGGAAGUCGACUUUCCCACACAGCCUACCAGGCUUGCUUCGACACAUGCCGGAGGAGACACCAUAAUCACAGCACCUCCAGAUGAUGUCUACAGCCUCGACGACUUCUUGGCGACCCACCAAGCUGAACACGAUGCACGUGCAGCCGCGCGUGAAGCAGCAGAUGUACCACUAGUAAAGAAGAGCAAGCAAAGCCAUAGCUCGAUACCACCCCAUCCAGUCGCUGUUGGUGCACGGUCUUCCAAACACACCAUUCUGCUCCACGAAAAAUACCAAGCACUCGCCAUCCCACAGCCAGAAUUUACCUAUGGCGGGAGCAGCGACACCAGGUGGACAGUGGAGGUCAGUUUUCCAGGACUGGCAAACGCAGAAGAGCUUCAGGGUUUGAAACAGGACGGCCGGUUCAAUAGUAAGCAGGAAGCCAAGGAAGCAGCAAGUAAGACUGCACUAGCUAUACUGGAACAGCUGGAACAAGCAGGGCGUGUGACCAAGGCUGGCAAAGCCAAAAAGCCAAAGGGCGAGCCAGCAUGCCAUGCACCAAAAGAGAAAGAAGAGCCAGGCGAGAACUACGUUGGCCAGCUCCUUGAGUUCCAGCGCUCAACUUCUGCUCCACAACCGACGUACACCGACUACCAACUUGGCACCCGCUGGGCCUGCCUCAUGGAAAUCGAAGGCCACCCCGCCCCCUUCGGCUCCCUCGAUUCCCUCUUCGGCUCCAAGAAGAUCGCACGCCAACACGCCGCCGGCUGCGCAGUCUCGCACUUCAAGGACGAAGGGCUCUGGCCCGAAGAGUUCACCGACGUUGGCGGCAUCAAGAAGCGUAAAGUAGCACCUACCAACGCUACCUCAUCAUCCCUCAACGAGCGCAAAGCUAGCGUUGCAUCUAGCAGCCCUGGCUCCGGCUCUGCGACACAGCAGGUCGCCUCGCUCUCCGUACUCCUCAAUCUCGGCACGCCCGAGUGGCGCUACAUGAACGAGAGCCCUGCCGUCCCGGAUAUCCACACUGUCAGCUGCUACUUUAAGAACGGCGGUGCGCACGAGGGUCCGAUCGGCGAGGUGCGGAAUAUCUUCGGGAAGAAGAGAGCCAAGGAGGAGUGCGCCCGCUUGACGCUGCAGUAUCUGACUCAGCUGAAGGAGAAGCGGGAGGAGGUUGGACGCAGACUGAUGGCGGGUAUUGCGGGGGGGGAGGGGGUUGCGGGUGUGGCUGUAGGGAAAGCUAUGGAUGGCGAGAAGAAGGGGGCGGAUAGGAACGUCAUGGAGGAUUUGGAUGAUGAAUUGGAUAUCUACGAGGAUGCUAUGGAGCACUGA